AUUUUAGACUGUUCCAUCUCUGAAGGUAUUAACGACAAAAGAAAACAAUCACAAUGACGUUUAUUAUCGUGAUACGAUGAAGAAGUUUAAAUAAAAACAAGUAUUAAAAUCGAUCAAAGCAUCUUACCGGCUCAUCGUUAAAAUUAAAAUGUAUCUAUCCCACAAAAUGGAUCUCUGAUAUGAAUAAAACAGAAUCCUUUAAUUUGGAGGGAUCCAAAAAUCCGAGAAACCCCAAACAAAAGGACGGAAGCGUAAACACGGAAGAGGAGAGACAUUCGAAAAAGAAAGAGAAAAAACCCAACAAGCUUGUAUUAUGGUGUGGGAAAUUAUGCGGACGAGGAAAGAAGAAGGAUGGUAAAAAGGACCAAAAAAAGCUAAAGGAAUCGAAACCUAAAAAGUCGAAAAGAGAACGUUACUGCGGAUUCUGUAAGAAGAAAAAGAAGAAGAAGAAGAAGAAGAAGGAGGCGGAUGAUGAGGAGGAGGAUGAUGAGAGAUAUGAGAGAUACGAGAGAUACGAGGAUUCGGCUGUGCCAGUUAGCAGAGCGGAGAGACAAGCCAGAGUGAGAGACAGGGAAUAUCAAACCUUUGAUCGAUCGGAUUCGACAUACGGCGAAGAAAGAAAAAGAUCGAAAGCGGAAAGAAAGAAAGAAAAAGCACUUAAACGGAAAGAUUCUGAUCGUCUGGAAAAGUCGGUCUCUUAUGCCGAUCGAAAUACCGACGAUCAAAGACAUAGAUAUCACAAUGAUCGCGAGAGAUCAAGAAGGGAUAUAACCAAGAGUUGCUGCUUCUUAUGUGCCGAAAAUUCGUUAGCGAUCGCGGGAGCUAUCGGUCCUAAACCGGUAUGUUCCAAUAAGAGCGUGGAUGCAUAUGACAUGGAAACGAUCGAAACAAGUUGCAGUCCGAUUAAAUUGCCGGUACACGUGAGGACUGUUAAAUCGACGUUUCGAGUUAAAGUACGAGACACGUGUACGUCCUAUGGGAAUAUACCUAAAGCGAAGAAGAAAAAACGUAAAAAAUUUAGACUUUUUCCGAAGAUUAAAAAAAGCACGUGUCCAAACCGUAAGGUUCAACCAAAACGACGUACGGUCGGUUGUGUUACCGAAAGUCUAUCGAAAACUAAGAAACCAGAAGAGAAAAAGGUACACGAACCUUGUUGCAGAGAGAAAGCGGUAUAAUUGUUUUGCUAUUUCGACGCUAUUUUUCUUUCUUUCUUUCUCUUUUGUUUGUUUUUUUUUGACCAAACUUCGACGUACUCGAGAAGGAAUAUUUUUAAUAAAGAUUAUACUCUAGAUUUAUCUUUUCUUCUUUCCAUUUGAUUUCUUCAUUGGCAAG